CUGAUGUCACACUCUAAUCGAUUAUGAUCAGAGCUAACGGCUCUGGCGCAAAUGAAAGGCGGCUCGGCUAAGCCACGCCCCCACUGAACAUUGAACCAUUUGAAGUGUCAGAUAUUGAGCAUCUGUGACUUAUAAAGCUGGCUGGAGCGUAACGUUAAACACAGACUAAUAAAGCUCGCUGACUGUAAACACGGAGAGGUUUCUGAGGGGAACAUGUCGGAGCGCGUCGGCUUCAUCACUCGCGUGCAGAGCUUCAGCGCGAGCCAUCGCUUACACAGCAAAUCUUUAAGUGACGAGGAGAAUAAAAGAAUAUUUGGGAAAUGCAACAAUCCUAAUGGCCACGGUCAUAACUAUAAAGUUGAAGUGACGGUUCGAGGAAAGAUCGACAGAAACACAGGAAUGGUGAUGAACCUGACGGACCUGAAGGAGUGUAUCGAGGAGGUCAUCAUGAAACCUCUAGACCAUAAGAACCUGGACCGGGACGUCCCGUACUUUGCUGAUGUGGUCAGCACUACAGAAAACCUGUCGGUGUUUAUAUGGGACGGCAUGGCGAAGCUUCUCCCGCCGGACAGCCUGUACGAGGUCAAGGUGUACGAGACCGAGAAGAACAUCGUGGUGUACCGAGGAGGAUAGAGACGUGAUCUGAGCCGAGCCCUCCAGCUUCACUACGCAUAUUAAUGAGAGAGAGCUGAUCCCAGAACAGCAGAUUACUGUAAGACACCGAGGAGGAUCAGCGGGCACAGUGAUCCUAUUACACACUCAGAGAUUACUCACACACACACAGCAUCCCGUAUUUUACACUUCCCAAAGCCUUUUUUAACAAAAGCAUACUUGUUUGUAUUUUCAAAGUAUUUGUACUAAUGAAUAAUGAACAUUUUUUUGUAGGCUUCUUAAAUCUGUUGUUGCCUUGUUGGCAUUUUAAUGUUGUGUGUUUGCUGUUAAAACUCGUUUUUCAAUGCACUUGCUGAGAAAAUGUGUUUUAGUUCAUCUGUCCUUCCAGUAGAUGGCGCUAUGAGUGUUUCAAUAGUAAGAUCUCAUGUAAUAAUGGUGGAGUAGAUGCUAAUAUACUGUAGAUGUUCACAUGUGGUUGUUCUACAUGUUUGACUGAUAAACACAGCAACAGCAGUGAUGUCUUUCACAUUAUGUAUUUACAUUUUUACAACAUGACGAUUCUGUAAGGAACAUGAGAAUGAGCAGUUUGCUUCAAUAGUGAUACACGGAAUUACA